AUGAGUGGAUAUUCGCAAGGAAGCCAAACUAACGGAGACCUUCUCCAGAUAGAAGAAAUGAAGAAACAAAUCGAGUGUCUUCAGGCUCGAAUGGAAGAGCUUCAAGACAACUUAGAUUCUACAAAUUCUCGACUUCGACAAGCGAUUGAUUCCAAAACAUCAGUCAUUAAAAUUCAAGAAGAGAUCGCAAAUAUUCAAUCCCAACUGCGUGAAACAACAGACAAUCUUAUAAAAACCCAAAACAAUUUAAAUUCAGCUAUGACAAGAUUAUCCGUACGUUCGAAUGAACCUGGCUAUCAAAGCGAUCAAUUUGCAGUUUCUAACAGAAAAUAUUCGUCAGAAAAUGUUAUGAUAAAAGAAAAUAGUGGAAGGACACCUGGUAGACAUAACAUAAACCUGCCAUUACCUAUAGGACCUAGUGCACUAGUUAGCAGCGAGCAAUAUAAUAAUAACAAUGGAGACUUUAAUAUGUUGUACAAAAAUUAUCACGCAAGUCCUAAAGGCAAGACAGGAAAAAAUGAAUUAACUAGGAGGAAAUCUACCGAUGAAAUAAAUCGAACAAAAGAAGACUUCAGAAAGCAAUUUAAAAAGAAAGAAGACGAUUUUAGCGAUUUAACUCCGCCUUCAUCCCAUGUGAACCAGGAACCUGUUGACAUUACAAAAUUUAUAAUAUCAUACGACGAUUUGAAAUGCGAUAAAAUAAUUGGUUCUGGAGGCUUCGCUGAAGUCUGGAUAGGAAAAUAUAUUCCAGAAAAUCUUACAGUAGCUAUAAAGAAAAUCAGACCGCGCGAUGAUAAAGACAAAGUCGAACAAUCAUAUAUGUCCGAAGUAAAUACACUUGCUUCUCUACGAAACCCAUUCCUUCUUCAAUUCGUAGGCUAUACGAAAACAGAACCAUACUGCGUUGUCACUAAAUACAUGCCAAACGGCUCAUUAUACUCUGCAUUGAGGCCAGAAAACGAAUCAGACAAUUUAACCCAAACGCAAAUAGCCAUUAUUGCAUACGGAAUCGCAUUAGGCAUGAAUUACCUGCAUGAAAAAGGAAUAAUUCAUCGAGAUUUAAAAUCACAGAAUGUUUUAUUAGACGACAACUACUAUCCUGUUAUCUGCGACUUCGGUUCUUGCAGAAACAAGAAUACAAUUCGCACUUUUACCGGCCAAGGAGGAACUGCGAAUUAUAUGGCUCCAGAAUUCAUGAAAGCAGAGAAAUACGAUGAGAAAAUAGAUGUUUAUUCAUACGGUAUCCUUCUUUGGGAGCUUGUGACCAAACAAUCCCCGUUUGAAGGUUUAAUUCCUCCUCAAAUCGUUUGUACGGUUUCUAUGUUCAAUAGAAGGCCAGAUAUACCACCAGACACGAAUCCUCUGCUCAAGCACCUCAUAGAGAAUUGCUGGGAUAGAGAUCCGAAGGAAAGACCGCCAUUUGCUGAUAUAUUAAAAUAUCUUUGUACAAAUAACGGUUGUUUCGAUGGUGUAGAUGUAGGAGUCUUUCAAACAUUUAUUUCCCAGCAUAGAAGUCCGUUCCCUGUAAUUUCUUACGCUUCUGCUCCGAAACCAAAACAUCGGAGCUUCGUGGGAUCAUUAUCUCCGGUUUCCGAGCCAUCGCAUGACAUAAACUCCCAGAUAGAAGCCAGGCAGUUGCUAAAUAAUAACUUUGCAACCUUGGCAGAUGGAAAUGCCAAUCAGAUUAGUACUGCUAUCUCGUAUAUCUUAGGUAAUGUUGAUGAUCCGGCGAUAUUUACUAUUGCUGUAUGGCAACGCGUGUUAGUUUUGCUUCUGCGUGCUCCUCCUUCGAUAUUACCAAGAGCAAAGGAAUUAGCACUGACAUUAGCGAAAAACCAAGAGAUUUUGGCAUUGAUAGAGCAAGUUCAUGACUUAAACUUGUUCGUAAAACCAGAAACUCUCGAUGUUUUCUUGUAUGUUUUUAAUUUCUUCUCGAAAGUUAUUACAACUGACAUUGUAACAGCUCUUGUAUCACUUUCUAAGAACAAACAAGUCAGUCUCCAAGCAAUAACUUUACUUUGCAAGGCUCAUUCGCUUUCUCCUUCUCAUGCAGUCAUCCAAGCUUGCGAACAGUUCUUCAUAGGCAACAUUCUCGAUUUUGCAAAUAUUCCUGGCGGGCAUUUGGUCGUCAGGACCGUUGUAAAUAUCCAAAGAGAUGCAAUUACUGAUGAAGUAUUCAAAGUUUACGUUCAAUCAGAAAUAAUUGAGAACAUAACCGCCGCCUAUCAAAUUUUGUUUGUAAGAAAAUUAUCACCUGGUUUAUUAACACCAGCGCUCUUAAAUCACCACAUUGUGCUAAGCGGACGUGAAAGUUCCAAAGAAAUCGAUGAAUUAAUUGAGACAGCGUUGAAUUUCACCAGGAUGUUUGCAAUGCAGGUAAGAGGAGAGAUAUUGGAUGGUCUAAUUAUGAGCCUUUUGUCUUGCGUUAUCGAAAGAAGAGUGGAACAUGCUGCAUUGUUGUUAUGCGCAUUCGCAAUCGAUCCAGAACGCAAACUGACAUUCCUACAGCCAAAGUUCAUCGAUAGGAUUUUAUCCUGCGAUGAUGAUAAUGGCUCUUCUAUGCUAAUGAGGUUAGUUUUAUUAUUUUUCAAGGAUGACAAGCUCAGAAACGCUUAUUUCACUCAUCCUAAGAUCUUUUCUUACCUUCACUCUGUUGUUCUGGCCUCAAAUACCGAUAGUUUCCUUUCUGUUUGCUGGGUUAUUGUAUUUCUUCCUCCAAAUCCAGCUUUUACUCAAAAACUUAUUGAUGUUGGCUGUCUGCAACACAUUAUUAAUGCGAUCUGCUCAACAAAACAAGAAGAUUUCAUAGCAUUUGUAGUUCCAACGCUUAUGAGGUUUAUAAACGAGCAUGAUUCACCAGCAUAUGAAGAUCUGACGAAACACAUGCUCCAAUUAAUCUCAGACGGCCUUUGUUUGGAUCCUUGCUUGAAAAUCAUCAAAUGCCUCCUUAAAUACGAAUCUCAACAGAACCUCUGCCUCAAACUUAACAUAGUGAGCGCUUUAUCCAAAGUCAACGACCCACAGCAAAAGAAGAGCGUCAAAGAGAUCUUUGAGAUCUUGAAAUCAGGCGUUCUUCAGAUAGAAUGA